GAUGCGUUUCCGGUUGAGCCACCAGGAAGACUGUCAAGCUGGCUGGACAUGUUUUAUCAGGUUUUAUUUAGAAUAGCAACUCGACAAAUGGGUUUCUAUAAAUUGUAUGGUCGGUACGAAAAGGAUUUGGAACGUCACUCUACAUUUUAAAGAAACGUCGUCUUCUUUAAUCACGUUGUCUUGUUUGGACGGGUUAGCUUAAGUCCAGCAGACUGCGGCUAAGCUAAAGGUGGUGGUGGUGGUGUUGCCAGUGACUAUGCAAGGGGAAAUCACAGCAAUACGAAUUACGGACAACGAAAGCAAAUUGGAUGUAUUCCCCCAGAAUAGGACUCCAAGCUCGGGGAGAGCGAGUGCAAAAAGCUGGCAGUACAGUGACCACAUGGAGAAUAUCAAUGGCUACUUGAUGAAGUACACCAACUUGGUGACAGGUUGGCAGUACAGGUUCUUUGUCCUGAACAACGAGGCAGGUUUGCUGGAGUACUUUGUCAACGAGCAAUCCAGGCCUCAGAAGCCCCGUGGCAUGCUGCCCUUGGCCGGAGCGGUCAUCUCCCCCAGUGAUGAGGACUCGCACACAUUCACUGUCAACGCUAUCAGUGGAGAGCAGUACAAGCUCAGGGCCACCGACGCCAAAGAAAGACAACACUGGGUGAGCAGACUGCAACUCUGCACGCAGCAUCACACUGAGGCCAUGGGAAAGAGCAAUCCUCCACCCAAGUCACGCAGCUACUCCAUGGUGUCUCAAGGCAGCAGUAGCUCACCUAUGUCUAUGCGGAGACCUAGCCAGAACCCCUCCUCAUUAUUCAACUGGCAAAUACACAAGGGCUCCUCACUGUAUUCCAGCAAGCGGUCCCUGCUACCUGAUCACCUUCUCGAAGCCAGAGAAAUGAUGACCCAAGCUCAAGGCCAGCACCGAGACCUAAUCCAAGGAAUAGAGGGCCUCCCCGCAGCUCCUGGUCUGUCCGCUUUGGACCAGGAUCUUCUUAUGCUCAAGGCGACCUCCAUGGCUACCAUGACCUGCCUCAACGAUUGCUUGCAUAUUCUGAACCUGCAGCAGGUGGCCAGGCAGACAGGAUCCAUGGCAGGAUCCACCAUUGAGUGGCUGGAGCCCAAGCUGCCCGACAUCCUGAAGAAUGGCAGCAAUUCCUUGGGUAGCUUCACAGCAGGAGAGGACCUGCUGCAGGAGGGAGGGCUGGAACUCAGCAGCCCAGAGUCCUGCAGCUUCUCUGGGGAGCAAGAAGACAUUGACGCUCAGGAUGAAGUUGCCGACUCGUUCACGGACAAAGAGGAGGACCUGUGUGCUGUGGAGGAGGAGCGCAGUGUCAUCCUACACCUGCUCUCGCAGUUGAAGCUGGGCAUGGACCUCACACGGGUUGUUCUUCCCACCUUCAUCCUGGAGAAGCGUUCUCUACUGGAGAUGUACGCCGACUUCAUGUCGCACCCCGAACUCUUUGUGGCCAUCACGGACGGCGACACCCCCGAGGAACGCAUGGUCCGCUUCGUGGAGUACUACCUCACCUCCUUCCACGAGGGCCGCAAGGGCGCCAUCGCCAAGAAGCCCUACAACCCCAUCAUCGGCGAGACCUUCCACUGCUCCUGGAAAGUCCCCAAAACAGCGGAGGCCUCGUCGGCCGAGCCCUCGCCAGAAAGACCUGACCCCGCCCCCUCCCAAGAUUUCUACCAAGUGCGCUUUGUGGCUGAGCAAGUAUCCCACCAUCCCCCCGUGUCUGGGUUUUAUGCAGAAUGCCAGGAGAGGCGCAUGUGUGUAAAUACUCACGUGUGGACUAAGAGCAAGUUCAUGGGCAUGUCCAUUGGCGUCUCCAUGAUCGGCGAAGGUUGCCUGACUUUGCUGGAACACGAUGAAGAAUACACCUUCACGUUGCCAUGCGCAUACGCACGCUCCAUUCUCACCGUCCCUUGGGUGGAACUCGGCGGCAAGGUUAACAUCACUUGCGCCAAAACGGGCUACGCCGCAGUCAUCACUUUUCAAACCAAACCCUUUUAUGGUGGCAAAUUGCACAAAGUAACGGCAGAGGUGAAACACAACCCGACCAAUGUGGUGGCGUGCCGCAUUCAGGGGGAGUGGAACGGCGCUCUGGAGUUCACUUACGCCAACGGCGAGACCCGGGCGGUCGACGUCACCAAACUGCCUGUAACCAGGAAGUGGGUCCGGCCCAUCGAGAUGCAAGGACCGACCGAAUCCAGGCGCUUGUGGCAGCACGUUACCGAAGCCCUGCGGCAGAAAGAUAUCGACAAAGCCACCGAGCACAAGCGGAUCCUGGAGGAGAGGCAACGCUCAGAGGAGAGACACCGGGCGGAGACAGAAACCUCCUGGAGGACCCGCUACUUCGACAGGGAGGGUGACGGUUGGAUUUAUCACAAACUACUUUCCAAAACCUCGACCGUCAAAUCCUAGUUUUAUCUCUGCUGUGGUCAAUUUGCCUGAGGACUGGGAGCAAGCCGGCCCGCACUCACAAACGGAUGGAGACCUACGAGCUUUUUCUUCUGAGCAUAUAGCCACAGUGUACACCCACCACUUGCACUAUAUAACACUAUCCAAUACCAGAGCUGGCUUUACAAUCUUAAUUGACUCGUUCACAUUCAGGUAUUGAUUUGUUAUUGAGAUUUGAACGGUACCGCGUCAUCAAAAGAAGACUGUGUAAUCAUUCAAGGAGUUAACAUGAGUGCAGCUCUCGUGUCGGAUAUAAUGAUAUCGUUUCACUGUAUAUGAUCUCAUGUCAAUAAAACCUUGUACAGAUAUUCGAUAGCCUUAAAUAGCCCCGAUAGGUGAGGAGCGACCAGAUUUCCACUGGUUACGAAUAUGCAUCGACUCUGACGGAAUGCCCCGCUCCUCCCUAUUAUUUUAUCUCCUUUGUUGUGUUGCAGUGGGAUGAAAGAAGUUCAAUGUACAUGCAUGCUGCACCUCCUGCAUCUGCAUUACAAACACUUUAUAUAACAUAUUAAAGGUUUUUAAGCAGUUGUGCUUGUUUUGUAAUGAAAUAAAAACAAUUUUCUUUAAA